AUGCGCGCCCUCGCUGUUCUGCUGCUCUCUGUUUGCGCCACAGUGGUUUCGGGUGACGACUCCACAGAUAAUGUUUUGACAGCAGCACCCGGAGCCCUGGCUGUACUUCCUUGUUACGGAGAAGGGAAUGUAACAGCGGCCGUAACCUCGUGGAUGAAAAAUGGCAAAAAGAUUAUAACUGAGGGUACAUCUACGCUUUUGGACAACUCACGAGUUCCCAGUAGUGGCAGUAAGAGCCGUGUGGCGGUGCUGCGGAACGGGAGUUUGAGCAUCGGGGUUGUAGAGCGGGAGGAUGACGGGCUCUACCUGUGCGCCUCCACCCUGCCCGGGAACAUCACCUUCCACGCCAAAGUACUGCUUCGAGUGGCCAGUGGACCUGACAAUGUCUCCAUAGCCAUCACCCCUGCUGGAGUCCUGCCCAAUGGGACCUUUACCACUUUCAGAGGAGAGUCUGUAUACAUAAUAUGUGCAGGCGUUUCAUAUCCAGCUCAAGAGCUCACUUUAUCCUUCAAUGGACUCACAAACAGCACCACGUCUCUGGUUAAUCACACUGGAAAUGAAGUCCUGGAAUAUAGGAUGGACAACAUCCAGCCCAGUGCUCAGGGCAUCUACAGCUGCAUGGCUCACAAUGAAGUGUCCGAUCAGAAAGGGAACAAGAGCGCUGAGGUCUUGGUCUACUAUGCAUCGGACCGACACCCAGAAUGCAUGUGGACGCAGGAAUCCACUUUUGUCGUGUUCCACUGCUCCUGGUCUGACGUGAAUCCUGCUCCUAAUCUCACCUGGACCGAGCUUCCCAGUGGUCGCAUUUUAUCGUCCAACGUGACAGACGAGCUGCCACUGAUCAUCAACGGCUCCCUCCUCUUUGACGGCCAAACGCUCCGAUGCGGCGCUCAGCAUCCAGCGCUCCACAAGGGAGAGGAAAAGACCUGCACCUUUACCCUCAAAACUCCAUACACCAUGGGAAACCCGCUGGCCACUGCUGUAGAAGGAGGCAGCAUCACGUUGGAGUGCAGCGAGAGCAGGUCCACGCCCCCCGCCCUCACCACAUGGAGAAGAGGCGUCCGGCAGGAGCUCAUCGUCAAUGGCUCUAAGUACAGAGUGAGCGCAGAGGGGCCCCGCUUCACCCUCACCAUAGUCAACAUCUCCAAGGACGACGAGGGCGUUUACUUCUGCCUCAGCCAGAACCCACUGGGCGCCAAAGAGCUGCAGAUCUACCUCACGGUUAAAUCUUCAUCUGAAGUCACGGGCGCUGUGAUCGGAUUAUUUAUUUCUGCGCUCAUAGUGGGAUGUGCCGUCAUCAUAGCCAAGACUGUCUACUCCAGCAGGCACAGAAUUUGCCUCGGUGGUUUUGGGCGGAUGGAGGAGGACGAAGGGGAUGUGUUGAGUUUGGUAGAAUCCGACGAUGAACAAAUAUUCCCAGCCGCUGUGCCCAGACUUCCCCCUGUGUCAAACGGAUGUCAAACCACACUUGUGGAAAUACACGGAAUUCCAUCAACUAAUCAUGAAGAAGCAGAAACGGUCGAUGCCUCUACUGCUGCACAGGACGACGCUGGAAGGACAGAAGAGCCGGAGGAUCUUAUGUUUUAG